AUGUUCGCCGCACGACAAAGGGCAGGCCAUAUUGCCCGUCAGCUUCCGCGGACAGCUCGCACCUACGCAUCCGACGCCCAUGGCCACCACAAGGCCGCCGAGGUCAACGAGUCUUUCGGGAAAGGAUCCAUCGCCACCGUUGCCGCCUUCUUCGGAGGUGUCUUGUUAUAUCAGUUUGCCCCCAAGCAGGGCGAGGACUCAUCCGUCUCCAGCCUGAUCCAUAAGUAUCUCUCGCGAAAGGAGGACUGGGAGGAGACCAAUGCUCUGCACACCAAGGCUAUGGAACAGGCUGGUUUCGACCGAAACCUCUUCGAGAACGCCUCCAACAAGCACAGAUUCGUUGACGUUGCGUACCCUGAGUAUGUUUCCUUGGCCCUGUCAACCAGCGGCACACUUCUCCCCUCUGGAUCAUUGGGACUAGCAACGUUGGCUGACGUUCCUAAUUUCAGGGCUUUCCAAUCUCACGCUCCCAGGAAUAUCCAAGCUGGUCACCUUGUGAACCUUGACCAUGUGGUGGAGCACUAUAAGCAGAAGCACCUCGAGGACGAGGACAGGAAAGCGAAGAAAUUGGCCGAGCAGAAGGUAUAG